AUGUGCCAGACCUACCGCGCACACAGGACACUCUGGCAUCAAAGAGGCGCCUGUGGGAAGGGACAGCACCCGGCACGCGGGGUCCGACAGACCCCUUUCCAGAAUCAGGGCCCAGGAGGGCGGCCCCCCGCGCCCGCCCGCUCGGCACCCGGCUCCGACCGCCACCCCCGGCGGCCUCCCCGACGCCCCCACCCCGGCUCCCCUCCGCCAUUUCGCCCGCAGCAGCCUCCCCCACAGCCCUCUCCCGGCACAGGCACCGUCGACGGCGGGGCGCGGGCGCCCAGAAAGCCCACCGGGGAGCGGCCACGCCGUUCGCCUCCCCAGGAUCCGAGGGAAGCCCUGCGGCCAAGAUCUCACUCCCCGGGCCCGGUCCGCGCCAGUCGCCGCCUCCUCAGCGCCAGGGGUCCCCCGGCGCUGCGCACCUCUCUCAGGGACCCGCUCCGACCCGGCUGCCUCCCCCUCGUCAGGCUGCCAGGGUCCGCGGGGCAGGGUGUGAGCCGCUCGUCGUCCCCGCAAGACCUCACUCCCCGGGCCCGGUCCGCGCCAGUCGCCGCCUCCUCCUCAGCGCCAGGGGUCCCCCGGCGCUGCGCACCUCUCUCAGGGACCCGCUCCGACCCGGCUGCCUCCCCCUCGUCAGGCUGCCAGGGUCCGCGGGGCAGGGUGUGA